GUUUUUUGAGAGAGAGAGAGAUAAGAAAAGAGAGAGGAGUUUUUAGUAGACAAAGGGAGAGGCUGAGAUUACCAAAUUGAAUGCUUUACCAAACUCACAUAACCAUCUCUUCUUGACCCAUUUCUUUUUUUUUUUUUCUUAUUCUUUUAAGAUCUUUUCUUCUUCUUCUUCUUCUUCUCGCCACCGCUCCUUCCUCCUCGUCUCUCUCGUUCGUUCUUAUUCUGUUCUCAAGGGUUUUUAAGAUAAGGAAAAAUGGAACAAGCAGCGUUGAAGAGCAGCAUCAGGAAAGAGAUGGCUUUCAAAACCACUCCUCCGGCUUACGAAGACUUUCUUGCCGUCACCACCACCACCACCACCGCUCAGAAUGCCGACGAUUUCUCCGUUGACGACUUGCUUGACUUGUCUAACGACGACGUUUUCGCCGACGACGUUUUCGCCGACGACGACACUCUCCUCCUUAACCCUCAAGAACAACAAGACAUGGUCCUUGACGAACUCAACGACGACGGUGCUGACGCUCUCCCUCGUCGGAGCAACGAUUUCUCCGGCUGUGACGACUUCGGAAGCGAACUCUCUGUUCCGGCGGAUGAUUUAGCCAACCUUGAGUGGCUAUCUCAUUUCGUGGAGGACUCCUUCACGGAAUACUCGGGUCCCAACCUCACCGGAGCCCCGACUGAGAAACCUGCGUGGUUGACUGGCGACCGGAAACACCCUGUCACUCCUGCCACGGAUGAGUCCUGUUUCAAAUCCCCUGUUCCAGCUAAAGCCCGUAGCAAACGUCACCGCAACGGAGUCAAGGCCUGGUCACUCGGUUCUUCGUCCUCUUCCGGUCCUUCCUCGUCCGGUUCGACCUCCUCCUCCUCCUCUUCUGGUCCUUCCAGCCCGUGGUACUCCGGCUCUGAGCUGCUCGAUCCUAUGGUCACGUCGGAGAGGCCACCGUUUCCCAAGAAGUAUAAGAAAAGGUCUGCCGAGUCAGCUUUCUGCGGUGGUCAGCUGCAGCAGCCUCAGCGGAGGUGCAGCCACUGCGGCGUUCAGAAAACUCCGCAAUGGAGAGCCGGCCCAAUGGGAGCUAAGACUCUGUGCAAUGCGUGCGGUGUCCGGUUUAAGUCGGGUCGUUUACUACCCGAAUACAGACCCGCUUGUAGCCCGACAUUCUCGAGUGAGCUCCACUCCAACCACCACCGGAAAGUCAUGGAGAUGAGGCGGAAGAAGGAGCCAGCCAGUGACAACGAAACCGGUUUAAACCAGCUGGUUCAGUCCCCACAAGCUGUACCAAGUUUUUGAAGAAAUAGGGCCUUAAUUAGAGCAGAGAUUUAGGAUCCGAACCGGUUCAGUUGUUAGCAGCCCCAAGUUAGUUUCUCAUUGACUUGUUCUCUCUUGUAUAUUACUUUCAUUAUUUUUAGCAUUUACCUUUUCCUUUUUCUUUUAUUUUUCAUGCUAGGAGUCUCGGUAAGUUCUUAGUAACUGAUUAGGUAAAAAAACUCAGUUGUAUUGUACUCUUUUUCGCUUCAAUUUUUUCAGUUUUAAUUUUCACAUUUCAAUGUUUCUGCGUUAUGGCA